GUAUAGCUGCGAGAACUGCGAAGAAUAACUGCGUAAUACGGAGAAAAUUCGUGGGCGAAAAGUUUUAAAUGUUAUACAAAGUAAAAAAGAACUUUUUCAAGUGUCCUGGAUCUCGACCCGACCCAUCUGGUAACCCUAAAAGUAAAGAGUAGUCGGAAUUGUCUUCAAUUUGAAAAAGGAACCGCAUUCAGCUUCAGUGUAUUGGUGGCGGCUUUUAAUUAAUAAAAACAAUGCCUUACUACUACAAAGGUUUCGGAUUCUCAUACGACAAUAAUGGAUAUGUCAAAGUUUAUACGGACGGUGCCUGCUCUGCCAAUGGGACUGAUAAUGCUAGAGCUGGAAUAGGAGUUUUCUUUGGCAACAAUCAUCCAUUAAACGUCUCACAGCCUGCAUCAGGCAGACAAACAAACAACGUGGCUGAAAUCCAAGCAGUUACUGUUGCUGCUUAUCAGGCACGAAAAGCUGGAAUAAAGAAAUUGAGAAUUUAUACCGAUUCAGAAUUUCUGUACAAUUCUGCCACAAUGUGGAUAGAAAAGUGGAGAAAUAAUGGAUGGAUAACUGCCCGGGGAACCAGUGUAGCCAACAGAUCGGAUUUUGAGGAAAUGGAAGACGCUCUAGACUGCAUCGACAACAUUCAUUGGACACAUGUUAACAGCCACAGUGGAACCUAUGGAAACGAAAUGGCGGACAAACUGGCUAGAGAGGGGAUCGACGAAUUCAAUAAUUUGUAUUCGUCUGAUGAUUCUACGAGCGAUGAGGCCGAAGACUUAAGUAAUUCCGAUUAUACGAGUUCGAGCAGUGAUUAUUAAGUUCAACAAUGAUUUCAGAAGUACGUUAUCUAUUCCAGUAAUCCAAGAAAUCCCAUUUGUAUUAAAUAUGUUCUUAAAUUCAUAGUUUAUAAUGUAAAAGGUUGAUUAAUUUACCUACCAUUUUGUACGUUUUGCUAUGUUUGUGUUUUUUUACUUUUCUAUGAUAAAUGUGAAUGUAUAAAAUAAGAGAUAUUCAGCUGUUCCUGUUUAUGAGCUUUAUAAAGAUUGCUCGAAUGACAGAAUAUAAUCAUUACUGUAAG